GCAUGUCAAAAGUAAUCGCUAAAGAAAUUAUUGUCAAACAAGUUGGUUUUGUUUUGGCUGCUUCGAAUUUGUAUCUUACUUAUUUGCUGUGAAAUAUUACUAUAAUGCCAAAAGUUCGCCGCAGCCGUAAACCACCGCCAGAGGGUUGGGAGCUUAUUGAACCUACAUUGGAAGAGCUGGAACAAAAAAUGCGAGAAGCUGAAACUGAACCACAUGAGGGUAAACGUAAACAAGAAUCACUGUGGCCUAUAUUCAAAAUUCACCACCAGAAAUCUCGCUACAUAUACGACCUCUUCUACAGACGCAAGGCGAUCAGCAGAGAGCUGUAUCAGUACUGUUUAGAUGAGAAAAUAGCAGAUGCUAAUCUUAUUGCUAAGUGGAAGAAGACUGGUUAUGAAAACUUAUGUUGUCUACGCUGCAUUCAGACCAGAGAUACGAAUUUUGCCACUAACUGUAUUUGUAGAGUACCCAAGAGCAAAUUGGAAGAGGGUCGAAUAGUUGAAUGUGUGCAUUGUGGGUGCCGGGGCUGCUCCGGUUAGAUUAGGACUUAGCGUAAAUUCAGCUAUUUUUGUUGUUGUACCUUUUGAAUAAUAAAUAAUAUUUUUGAUCCAUAAUCUCAUAGUAUCCAUUUGGCACUAAGUAGUGUAUGCAUGUUACAUAGUUAAAAUAUAAAGAACUGUAUACCAUAUCAGAAUAUCACUUCUUGUAAAUACCUCAUUAAAAUAUAAUCAAAAGGUAGCAUAUUAAUCGAAUUUCAAAAGAACUGUUCUCCUUUGACUAAUAAACAAUUUCUAAAUAAACUGUUUUUCUCUUUA